UGGACGCGACCCCCCCCGGGCGGGCGAGGGCGCGGAGCGGCCCGGCUGUGCCAUCGGUCUGGGCGGGAGGCGGGGGACUGGAGAGUUCGGACGACGGAGUCCCGGGGAUUUGGGAGGGGCCAUUUAAAGCGAGUUCGGACUCUGCCACUCGUCUGAGCCUGCGCUGACCGAGAGUCCCCACCCGGGCACUGGGCAGCAUCUCCCCGCGUCCGUCCCGAUGGUGGGGCCCCGGGGGCCGUGCAGCCCCUGCUGGGAGGAGGACGAGUGCCUGGACUACUACGGCCUGCGGUCCCUGCACCGCAUGUUCCAGGUGGUGGGCGCCCAGCUGACGGAGCAGGAGCUGUCCGUGCUGUCGUUCCUCCUGGACGAGGCGCUGCCAGCGCCCCAGGAUGGAGAGCCCAGCCGGGCCCUGCUGGGGGCCCCGGGCCGGCCUCCCGCGCGCUCGGGCCUGGAGUUCCUGCUGGAGCUGGAGAGGAGGGGCCAGUGCGACGAAGCCCACCUGGGGCCCCUGAUGCAGCUGCUGCGCGUGCUCUCCCGGCAGGACCUGCUGCCCAGGCUCUCCCUCAAGCGGGCCCGCCCAGUGUCCCCCGAGCGCUACAGCUGUGGUCCGUCCGGCUCGGAUGGGGAGAGGCCCGAGAGUAGCUGUCUGGGCUCCGCCAGUCCAACGUCCCAGCGGGCUCAGUGGGAGGCAGGUUCCCCUCCCGGGAAAAGGCAGAGGAGAAGCCUGGGCCGAUCCAGUGCCGGAGGGAGACGGCGACGGGCCCCCCAGGGAGCUUCGAGGUCCAAAAAUCCUGUCUCUUCUCCCACUGCGAGCAAAGUGACCUGUGACAUCCGCCUCCGCGUCCGGGCCGAGUACUGUGAGCACGGGGCGGCCCUGGCCCAGGGGGUGGUGUCCCGGCGGCCCCAGUCGGUGGCCCGCCAGCUGGACCUGUUCGGGCAGGCCAUGGCCGUGCUGAAGUCCCGGGACCUGGGCUCGGUGGUGUGCGACAUCAAGUUCUCCGAGCUGUCCUACCUGGAUGCUUUCUGGGGGGACUACCUGAGCGGGGCCCUGCUGCAGGCCCUGCGGGGCGUCUUCCUGACCGAGGCCCUCCGCGAGGCCGUGGGCCGGGAGCCUAUCCGCUUGCUGGUCAGCGUGGACGAGGGCGAUUACGAGGCCGGUCGGCGCCGGCUGCUGCUGCUGGGCGGCCGGCCCCCCGGGGGAGCGCAGGCCCUGCCGCCACGCUGAGCUGGACCCCCCCAGGGCGCCGCCGGCUGCUGCCCUUGGACACCUGGGGAGGGGGCACGGCUGCCCUCCCCCGACCCUCAUCUGACUCCUUUCUGGGCCAACGAGGAGGCGUGAGGGAGAGUCCCCUCCUGGCUGUGGGUGGGCUCGUGGGGCCCACGAUGCUGGAACCCGGGAGGGGGAGGGGGUCUUCUUCUGUUCUCCCCUAGUCCUGGCAAACCUGGGAUAGCUCUGCCAGUGAGGAAGGGUGCGUGCGUAGGAAUGGCUCCCGGAGACCUCUUAGGCCCCCCCACCCCUAGCUCCCACCUCCCAGGCUUUUGUAGACACGGCCCUGCUGGGCCCAGGCCCCCCUCCCCCAACCCAGAAACACCCCCUUCCCUCCGGGGCUCCUGCCUUCCUGCCGGGCCGGGGCCUCGGAGUGGGCACUUCGGCGUUGUUCUGGGCCAACCCCUGUGCUUUGUAGGUAGGGAAACUGAGGCCCAGAGAGGGCCGAGGGAUCGGAUCAAGCGGACGCGGGUCUGUGGCUCCCAGCCCGCAGCUGGUAUCUAAGCCCCGGCCUUUGCAUUAGGGUCCACGGCCUCUGUGAGAGGUUGGAACCACACUCCUGGACCUAAGGCCUCCUGAGCCUCAGUUUCCCCAUCUGUAGAAGGGAGUGGGAUUCCCCGGCCUUAGCAGUGCUUGGAAGGACCCUCUGAGGCGAUUUCAGAGGGCAGCCUCUGGUCGUGUGGGAAGAAGGAAGGAGGGCCGGGAGGGAGGAAGAACUUGCUCACAGUCGCAGGUUUUCAGCGGAUUUCUGUCUGGGACAGGCUUGUGACUUUGGGCAAGGACGCCACUUGUAGGACAUCCGGGUGGCUGGGUGGGAGCGGCGAGCCGGGGGCCCGGGGGGCUGGAAGCCGGUGAGCCUCGGCCCGGGAGGAAACCCCCAAUUCUGCUCGAGGCUUCGCUUUCUGCAGCUGGAAAACGGGUUCUGGAAGAAGUUCGUGCACGUCCGUGUGUGUUGAGAGGGAGACGUCGGCGUCAGGCCCCGGCCUGCGAACCCAGCGCGCUCCCGCCGCUUUUCUUGGGCUCGGCCGAGCGCUCGGAGCCGGCCCGGGCCUGGUCCCUCCCUGUGCGGGGGCAGCGGCUGCCGGGUGUCCGGGGCCCAGAGACCCCUCAGGCGGCACCUUCGACCUUCGACCUUCCAAGUCAUGGAAUGGAGGGUGGCUGGGCUUCCCAACACCCUUCUCCCAGCCACCUCUCGGGCAUCAGUUAGUGUGUGUGUGUGUGAGGGGAGAGGCGGUGGGCACGCGGGAGUGUGUGGGGGCCGGGCUGCCACUGGGGAGCAAUAAAGAGGAGGCCUGGGAGAGGCUGAGCUUGGAAAGAAA